GAUAACAUACUCUGUAAUUGAUGAGAACAUUAAUAUCGAAUUAUUUCUUACAAUUGAAGUCGUUCCGUUUAAAAUAAUAUAUCCGAACAGGCAACUGGGUGUUAUGUAGGAUUCUGCUGCCUUGUACAUUUAUGACCUCUUCCCUCGUCACACUGGAGACCCUACGCGCAGUGACAUCAUUAAAACAUGUUCCUUCCGUCUGACGCUGCGUGGAGCUGCUUCGGCCGAACGUGAAGUGCUAGCAAACCAGAAGACAAAAGCAACUAAAGUGAACCCCGCUCCGGAUCAAUCAAAUGUCUCAAAUAUAACCGUUCGAGGGGCCAAAACACAGGGAUUGCAUCGCCACAGUACACAGUUAUGUGUGGUAUAGUGGAACUACUUUUGUCAUAAAUGGAGAGCAACAAGCAGGCACCCUGCAUCCUGGAGAGCCCCACACACAUUACAACACCUGCAUGAGAACAGCUGUAUCAAUGAGUACACCUAAAGUCAGUGACCACGUUUGACAAAGCAGACCUGCCUACUACUACAGUGAACAUUGGGCUGCUGCCAUGGAGGGGGAGGAGGAAGUCUUUCACAUGAAAGAGGAUAUGGUCACUAAAUCUAACGGUGCAAAUGAAAGUAAAAAAUUGGAGGCAAAGGGGGCCUGUCUGAAAAUUGAGGGCCAGGAUGGCUACGUAUUUAAAUCCUACAGCAUUAACCCUAGGGACACUGCCGAUGCAAAUUCACAAGCCUGCUCCUCAUCAACACUGGAUAAAGACUCCUCACUUUCCCCCCAUUUAUCUUCUCAGGAUGAAAAACAUUUGGAGUCUGAUGAAGCAAAAGAGACUGACCUGGCAUCUCCUACUCUUGCAAACAAAUACCUAAACACUGAUACGGAAGAGAACCGAGAAGAGGAGGAAGAUGAGGUGGAGAUGGAUGAUGUAAAUGAGUUGAAGGAGACACCGGAAGAUGAAAGUCUUGCGUUCGGCAGCUCAUUCGGCCCUUUUUUAACACGAGAGGGCGAUGAUUAUAGCAGUUUACUGAGUCCAUACACGGGAACCCUUUAUGACGUUGCCAUGGAUGCCGUCACUCAGAGCCUUUUAUCAUCCAUGAGGAGUCAAAACAACCCAAGAAAAAAAUCUCCUGCAUGGAAUCACUUUUGCAUAUCACCACGAGACAGUACCAAAGCAAUCUGUUUAUACUGCAUGAAAGAGUUUAGUCGGGGUAAGAAUGAGAAGGACCUGAGUACAAGUUGUUUAAUGAGGCACGUACGAAGGGCUCACCCUACUGUGCUUUUACAGGAAGGAGCAGACGCAUCGUUGAAUAAUCUAAGUGGCCCUCUCACCUCCUCUUUCAUGCUUCCUUCGCCUAAUUCACCAAAAAAUGGAGACAUGACAAAUAUCACUAAUUCUGCCUCAAAGAACACUUCUCCGUCCACUUCCUCAGCUGAAAAUUUAGACCUCUCAUCCAAAGAAGUGUUACCCAAUGUUGAACCAAAAUUAGAACAGUUUGCCAACAUUGACACAGUUGGCAGCAUUCUCUCAUCCUCCCAUUCCAAUGAAAACAACCUUGAAGACUUGUCAGAGGGAGGGCCUGAGCGCCUUCUUGGAACUCCAAAAAGCUCCAGUUCCCGUCGCAGAUCGGCCGUAUGGAAACACUUCUACCUUUCUCCUGCUGACAGUUCCAAAGCAGUAUGUAUCCAUUGCAUGAAUGAAUUUAGUAGAGGUAAAAAUGGUAAAGACCUGGGGACAAGCUGCCUCAUUCGUCACAUGUGGAGGGCCCACAAAGAAGUUGUCAUUGAAGAAAACGGGCAGGGCAAUCACAUCCCACCACCGUACACAAACCCACCCUCACUUCUGGCCCGCACUACUCUACAGGAUCUAUCAGAAAUUAAAAAAGACUCGCCUGUUUUUCCCUCCUCACCAGAAACGGUAUCAGAAGAACUUCACCAGAGCCUAGAGGAGAGCAUGGAUAUUCAACAGGUAACUGAGGAAAUAAUGCAACACUCAGGGCCAGAGUCCUCCCUCAACCUCUCUUUCAAAAUAAAGACAGAGGAUGUGCCCAUGACUUCCUCACCAUGUGACCAGUCUGAGGGCCUCGGCCUAAACCAUGAUCACUCUGUUUUCCAGCAAAACAAAAAGAUAAUGAAACGGGUGAAAUCUGAAGUGUGGCACCAUUUCAUAGUGUCACCAGUCGAUCAGUUGAAAGCACUGUGCCGUUACUGUCCGUGUGUCAUCAGUCGAGGGAAACGGGGCGACUUUGGUACAAGCUGUCUGAUGAGACAUCUCAUGAGACGCCACCCAGAUGUCCUCAAAAACCAAAAAAGCACAGAUGACAAGGAAUCUUCCUCCCCACAACCCUACACCACUCUCACUGCAACAGAUGCAGUUUCCACCAAAGAAACUGACAGCCCAACUAGUGAGAAAAAAACCCAAACUCAGCCUGGUUUAAGUAAAAAGACGUCAAAACUGUGGAACCAUUUCUCCAUAUCACCUGCUGAUCCCACAAAGGUGGUUUGUUUGCACUGUAGCCGCACAAUUAGCAGAGGCAAAAAGACUACAAACCUCGGCACGAGUUGCCUUUUUAGACACAUGCAGAGGUUUCAUGGACAUGUUCUUGACAGUAACAAUACUAUCUCAGGUGAUGUGCCGUCUGCUGAAAUUCAUGUUAAACAAGAGCUUAUGGACACUGCUGUUUAUGAAGCAGAACAGAGCCCUGAGAGGUUUGACGAACACCACCCGAUUGCCAAAAAAAUCACCAAGCUUAUCGCAGAAAUGCUCGCACUAGAUCUUCAGCCAUCAGCCUUGGUGGAGAAUGCUGGACUUAACAGACUGCUAGAGUACCUCCAGCCUCAGUAUUCUCUACCACCUUCUUCUUUCUUUACCAGCACUGCCAUACCAGAUAUGUAUGAACGGGUGAAGGAUGUUGUGUUGACCCAUCUAAAAGAGGCUGAAGGUGGUGUUGUCCACUUCACAACUAGUAUUUGGGUCAGCAGCCAGACAAGAGAAUACCUGACCCUUACUGCUCACUGGGCAACUUACGAGUCAAGUAUCAGACCCCAGAGUCAGGAUUUUCACUGCUCCGCUCUCUUAAGUGUCUCUCAGAUAGACUGUGACCAAGAUGUGCAAGACAUCCCAAAGCAGUUGGAGUUUCUGUGGGAUUCUUGGAUCACGUCCUCAGGGCUGAAAAAGGGUUUCACUGUAACUGAUAACUUUACCAUCAGAAACACGUUGGAGGACCACGGCCACGUCACCAUGCAGUGUUUUGGACACACUAUAGACCUCAUUGUUAGCGAAGCCAUAAAGAGCCAGAGAAUGGUUCAGAACCUCUUGAGUAUUGCACGAAAGAUCUGUGAACGUGUGCACCGCUCAGCAAAGGCCAAGGAGAAAUUGACCGAGCUUCAGAGGGUCCACGAGCUGCCAGAGAACCCGCUGAUCCAGGAUGUACCAUCCAAAUGGAUGACAUCCUUCUUCAUGCUAGAGCGUCUCGUAGAGCAGAAGAAAGCUAUCGACGAGAUAUCGAUAGAGUGUAAUUUCAGGGAAAUGAUCAGCUGCGACCAAUGGGAGGUGAUGCAGUCUUUCUGCAAUGCUCUAAAACCUUUUGAGGUUGCCUGUAGGGAGAUGAGCAGCCACACUGCCACUCUGGGUCAGGUGAUACCACUCAUCCACAUCCUCAACAGAAAGAUAGACCUGCUGUUUGAUGAGACUGUGGGCAUCGACAACAUGCUCAAGUCUCUGAAAGAAGCCAUGGUGAGCAGAAUGUCAGGAACACUGCAGGACCCACGAUACAUGUGGGCCACCAUGUUGGACCCACGAUACAAGACGUCAUUGUUCACUGAAGAAGAAGCAGAGCAGUGUAGACAAGAACUAAUCAGAGAGAUGGACUCGUCCUCUUCUACCUCAGAUGCAGACCAGCCUCUGCUGCCCAACGGCUGUAACGAAAACCCGGAAUCAUCCACCAGUCCUAAUACCAACCAGGAGAGCCUUUGGUCCCUGAUGGCUGACGUCAGGCAAAAGAUAAAAACUGAAGAGAAGCCAAAGUCCUCAGAGCUGGCAGUGCUGGAGUACCUUGAGGAAGACAUCCUUGAUCAAAGCUGUGAUCCCCUCGAUUACUGGAACCUGAAAAAGUUCCUUUGGCCCAAUCUUGCUAAAGUAGCUGCCCGUUACGUUGGCUGCCCUCCCAGCAUCAUCCCAGCAGAGACACUGUUCAGCACAGCGAGUGUCAACUGUGCCCUUAACCAGCCCAGGCCUUUACUGGAAAACUUAGAGGGUCUGUUGUUCCUCAAGGUCAACCUCCCUUUGAUCUAUUUUCAGUACUGAUUUAAUAUUGAGCAUUAACUUGAAAAAAAAAACCUUUAUUAAGGACCAAGUUGAAGAGCUGUGAAAAGGGGUGGGCAUUGGGUGGGGAGGGUCGUGGGGAGGGACGGGGGGGUGUCCUUACUAGGAAUAAUGUAAAAUAUCAAUUUCUACACUGAUUCUGCGUCUCAGUGAACAGACCAGAUGGGGUUUUAUUGUAUUCUGUGUACUACUGUUAAAACACUCUGAUGUGAUAAAAAAAACGUCUCAGCCAGAAGUGUCAUCAGGAAGGGAGGGGUUUUCUAGCUGUCGGGGGUUUGAUGAUAAUGUGUUUGCUUGUAAAUCAAUGUUUGUUUUCUGUGUCUACUCUGUCCUUGUGCCUUAUCCAAAAACUACUUCAGGUCAAAAAUGCUGUAAAUAUUUUGUUAAGAUUUACGCAGAUCAAUUCAGGAUGCUUUGAUUUUUUUUUUUUUUCCUCUUACGGAUGUGAUAGAUGCAGAAUUGUUUUCUUAAUGAAAACAUGGUCCAAAAAUAAAUGCUGUGACUGAAAGAUGUUUUAAGUUAAUGUUAUUUAAUUUUCAUUGUUGAAUUUGUGGCUUAUGGUACUGUCAUUUAGAAAUAGAUAUUUUUACUUGUGAAAUGUUUUUAAUAAGAUGUACAAAAUUGCUGUAUUUUCAGAAUAAGGAUAAUGAGUUUGUUUGGAAUUUACAGUUUCUCUUAAGCACAAUUUAAGUUUAUGUUCAGGGGAAUUAAAUUAUGGGUUUAUUGAGUAAAAUGAUGUACUGUACAUUUUAUAUUAAAUUACUUCUGAACUUAAUUUGAUAAAUGUUUUGAGCAUUGAGACUGGAACCAUGCACAUUUUGUGGUCAUUUGUAAAUAAAGGUUUUCCAUAUGCAAUAUCU